AUGUCAACACCAGCUAGACCUGCAUUAACCGAUGAACAAAGGAAGAGAAUAGAAGCAAACAGGAAAAGAGCAUUAGAAAGACUACAACAGAAAAAUGGUAAAAGACCAGCCCAAAGUGAACCAUCAGAACACCAACAGCAACCAGCAGUAAAGAAAAACAAAUUCCAACCGCCACCAAUUCGUAAGCAGGAUUAUAUUGAAUAUGAUUUUGCCACUAUGAAAGAUACAAAGGGUGGGUUUAUUUAUGAUGGACCAGAACCUGGCGAAGAAGAUGCAAAGACAUUAAACGAUUGGAAGAAGGAACAACAGUCAAAAGAAUUACCACCACCGAUGGAUUUGAGUGCCAUGCCGCGUUGUUUCGAAUGUGAUUCUGUUGAUAUUGACAAGAACUUGUUCACUAAUUUUGAUGUUAGAGCCUGUCGUAAAUGUAUCAAGGCUAAACCUGACAAAUAUUCAUUAUUGACAAAGACAGAGGCUAAAGAGGAUUACUUAUUGACAGAACCAGAAAUUGCUGAUAAGGAUUUGUUAAAAAGAAUCGAGAAACCCAACCCGCAUGGAUACAGUAACAUGCAGUUGUUUGUGAGAUUUCAAGUGGAAGAGUUUGCUUGGAAAAAAUGGGGAGGCCCAGAACAAUUAGAUCAAGAAUGGGAAAGAAGAGAAUUGAAUAAAGCCAAACGUAAAGAAAAGAAAUAUCAGGAUCAACUCCGAGAAAUGAGAAAACGUACUCGAGCUGAAGAAUAUACUAGAAAACUACGAGAUGGAAAAUCAUUAGGAGAGAAACAUGAACAUGAUUGGUCAGCACCAGUGACAAUUGACAAGAAUACAAUCAAGAGACGUUGUAUAGAUUGCGGUAUAGAAACAGAAGAAGUGGUUAUAUAG